UCUGCCCGGGUGGGUUAUAACCGCGCAGAUUAGGUUCCCGGGCUCAGUGUCGGGCUGGCCUCUCCCCACCGCCGCCUCCCGCGCUGCCCCGAGCCCCCCUCCCUCUGCUCGGUGCCUUGGCUGUUGCUUUGGGGGGCGCUGGGGGGGGGCGGGGGGGCCCGAGGAGAGACUGAAUGAACCAGCCCGCCCCCACCUCUCCCUUCAUGUGGAUUUCUCUGAGCCCGGACCCCCGGAUGCCAUGGUUACUUUUGCCGCGUUCUUGCAGGUGAACAGGGGGAUGUCCGUGUUGUUCUAUGUGACAUUUCUCGCUUUCUUCCGUGGCCUCCAAGCGAGCAUGGACCCCCGGCCGGUGCCCGAAGACUCCCUCAACUCCCUCGUCAUCAAACUGAUCCAGGCCGACAUCCUGCGGAACAGGCUGGCCAAGCAGGCGGUGGACGUGAAGGGGGAAGCCCCGGGGGAGUCGGGGACACGUGAGCCCAAGGCGGGCUUCCAGCCAGUGGUCGCGGCCGACCCGGACGUCUUGCGGCAGCAGAGACGCUACAGCUCGCCGCGCGUCCUGCUGAGCGACAGCACCCCGCUGGGGCCCCCUCCCCUCUACCUCCUGGAGGACUUCGUGGAGACCCCGGGGGCCCCCAACCGGACGUCCCGCCGGCGUCGCCACGCGGAGCACCGGAGCCACCGCGGAGAGUACUCGGUGUGCGACAGCGAGAGCCUCUGGGUGACCGACAAGUCCUCGGCCGUCGACAUCCGCGGACACCAGGUGACCGUCCUGGGAGAGAUCAAGACCGGGAACUCCCCGGUCAAACAAUACUUUUACGAGACGCGAUGCAAGGAAGCCCGGCCAGUGAAAAACGGCUGCCGAGGCAUCGACGACAAGCACUGGAACUCUCAGUGCAAGACUUCUCAGACGUACGUGAGAGCUCUCACCUCCGAAAACAAUAAACUGGUCGGCUGGAGGUGGAUCCGCAUAGACACGUCCUGCGUCUGCGCUCUGUCCCGCAAGAUCGGCCGGACAUGAGCCGGCCCCACCCCUCCCCACCCCCGUAUAUAAAUUAUUACUUUAAAUUAUAUGAUAUGCAUGUAGCAUAUAAAUGUUUAUAUUGUUUUUAUAUAUUAUAAGUUGAACCUUUAUUUAUUAAACUUCGGCCUCCUACAGUA